AGGAUUUUAAGUGUAAAUUAGGAAAGUAGUGUCUUCCAUUGUAAAUUGUGCAAUACCGCUCCGAUAAAGGGAACUUCACUGAUGAUCAGAGAGUUAGAAAAAAGGUUUUCCAAACUCGUUCAAGUCCAAGGUUGCAGUUUCUCUAGUCAACUGCUCGUUGAAGAAACUGUGCAACUUUGGUGCAAACUUUGUGGUAGUUGAUCAUGAUGUGCUAAAUUAUACCUAUGAAGACGACUUUCUGAUAGAAAGGAUUUUUUUAAAAAACAAAAAAGAAAAAAAUUAAAGUCCUGCAGGGAAAUUUUUUUUUAAAUUUGAUCAUGGAGCCUUUAUGGAGGCUUUUGUAUUUGCUGGAGCCCGCUCCAAUUACACUAAUUGUGACUGCAGUAGCUGUGACUUUUGGAUCUGCAUUUCGUGCUCUCAAUUACGGAAAAGAAAUGGAGCGUAAUCGUGAUUUUUCAGAAGCAUCAAUUACAUUGGAUCGGUCUCAAGCACUUAUGAUCCCAGUAAUGAGCUCUUUUAGUUUGUUAUUGAUGUUUUACCUGUUCUCUUCAGUCUCACAAAUCCUCACAGCAUUCACAGCCAUUGCCUCUAUUUCAUCCCUGUUUUUUUGGCUCUCUCCCUAUGUAGCCUUUUUAAAGUCAAAGUUUUGUUUGGCCGACCCUUAUGUGUCACGGUGCUGUUCGAAGUCAUUUACAAGGACCCAAGGGCUGUUAUUGUUGUUAUGUUGUGGUACAGUUGCAUCUUGGCUUGUCUCCGGAAAUUGGAUACUUAACAAUUUGUUGGGUAUAUCUAUAUGCAUUGCCUUUGUGAGCCACGUUCGUCUCCCAAACAUCAAAAUCUGUGCAAUGCUCCUUGUUUGUUUGUUUGUAUACGACAUAUUCUGGGUAUUCUUCUCUGAGAGAUUUUUUGGAGCGAAUGUUAUGGUAUCAGUUGCAACACAACAAGCAUCAAACCCUGUUCACACUGUUGCCAAUAGCCUAAGUCUCCCUGGGUUACAAAUGAUUACAAAGAAGCUGGAGCUGCCUGUGAAGAUUGUCUUUCCAAGAAACCUGUUGGGUGGAGUGAUUCCUGGAGAAAAUGCCACGGACUUCAUGAUGCUGGGUCUUGGUGACAUGGCAAUUCCUGCUAUGCUUCUUGCAUUGGUCCUCUGGUUUGAUCAUCGAAGGAGCAGGGAUACAGUAACUCUCUUAGAUCUACAUUCUUCAAAAGGGCACAAGUACAUUUGGUAUGCCCUUCCUGGAUAUGCCAUUGGGCUCAUUUCAGCUUUGGCAGCUGGUGUUUUGACUCAUUCCCCUCAACCUGCCCUUCUUUAUUUGGUGCCUUCUACUCUGGGACCAGUUGUUGUCAUAUCUUGGAUAAGGAAGGAGCUAGUAGAGUUAUGGGAUGGCCCCAUGCCGAAUCUCACUGAUAAAGCUCACCAGGUUGAAGUUUGAGCUUCUUUUAUCUUUGUAUCCAAAAGUCACAUGGUGCUUCUGGAAGAGCCAUUUUAAAGUUGUAAAUUCACUUUGGAAAUCCUAAUAGAAAAUUAGCAAUCAAUGGCCA